AAUUGUAAAGUGAAAAAGUUCAGCUCAUAUGUGUUUUUUUUCUAUAUGUAAACACAGCAUCUUAAAAUAUAACUCAAAAUCCUAAAUUUGUUUAUUAUAACUGUAAAUGAGAAAUUAAUCGAAGGCAUUUUUUGACAACAAAUCGGUUAGUUAGUUAGAGAAUUUUAUGAGGCAAAAGGAGAAAAAAAAACAAAGCAUCAACAGAAGUCAAAAGCUAUUCUGGAUUUGCCUUUGCUCUCGAGUGUUAUUAUUACCACACGGUUUCGUUUAUGAGUUUUAAGAAGUUUUUUUUUUCUUAAUUCUUCUUCACAAACAAACAAAAAACUCUGUUUUUUCUCUUCUUCUUUUGUUUCUUUCUUUACAUUAUUAUGUCUCUCCCGCCUAAAAACUCGUCUGUGUUUCAAGAGGAGAAAACAGAGAGAUUCAAAAACAGAGAACCUCUCAUUAGAUUUAAGAAAAUCAUGGAAAUGGUGAAAGCGGGUGAGCGAGAACAAGAAAGCUACAAGUCUAAAUUGUUAGAUUUAGAGACCGUGAAGAAGAAGAACUCAUCUUCAAGGCAUUUCAAGAGAUGGAACUCAGAUUCCGCCUUGAGAAUUGAAGAUCCAGACAUUGAUGAUGGCACUGUGUUCAGGAAAACGGCGACCUCAAGCAUCCAACCAAUUCUACCGCUUCGACCGCCUCUUGUUAAGGAUGAGGCACCUCAGCCGCGUGAAGCAACUGAUGAAGAAUUACAGCAAGAUUCAGAGAAGGAGCAGAUGAAAGAUAAGUUUGCGAAAUUGCUUUUAGGAGAAGACAUGUCAGGAGGAAGCAAAGGUGUUUCGUCAGCUUUGGCAUUAUCAAACGCAAUCACAAAUCUUUCUGCUUCUGCGUUUGGAGAACUACGGCGUUUAGAGCCAAUAUCCGAGGAUAGAAAAGAACGAUGGAGAAGAGAAAUCGGAUGGCUUCUCUCUGUUACUGAUCAUAUAGUUGAAUUCUCUCCAACACACCAUACUAACGAGGAUGGAUCUUCCAUGGAGGUAAUGACUACAAAACAAAGAACAGAUCUUGUCUCCAACAUUCCUGCUCUUAAGAAACUCGACGAAAUGCUCCUCGAUUGUCUUGAUAAAUAUAAAGAACAGGAUGAGUUUUACUACGUCACACCAGGUUCUCCGGAAUCUGAAAACAGUAACUCGACCAGGAACGAUGAUAAAUGGUGGCUUCCGAUUGUUAAAGUUCCACCUAAAGGCUUAUCUGAAACGUUGAAAAGAUUUCUACUGAGUCAGAAAGAGUGUGUGAGCCAAGUGCUUAAUUCCGCAAUGGCCAUAAACUCUCAAGUUCUUACUGAAAUGGAGAUCCCUGAGAGCUACAUCGACUCACUUCCUAAGAAAGGGAGAGCUAGUCUUGGAGACAUGAUCUAUAGAAUGAUAACAUUAGAGAUGUUUGAUGCAGAGCAGUUCCUUCAUGAAAUGGAUUUAUCAUCGGAGCACAAGAUUCUUGAUUUAAAGAACAAAUUCGAAGCUUCGGUUGUGAUAUGGCAGAGAAAGAUAGUGCAGAUAGACAACAAGUCAUCGUCUCCAUGGAGUACGAAUUUGAGCAUGGAUAAGAGACAACAGUUAGAAGAAAGAGCAGCAACCAUUUUGCAACUUAUUAAACAAGAAUUCCCAGGGAUCUCUCAAUCUACACUUGACAUUAGCAAGAUUCAAUUCAACAAAGAUAUAGGUUUAGCUAUAGUGGAGAGUUACUCGAGAAUUCUUGAGAGCUUGGCGCACACGAUAAUGUCAAGAAUAGAAGAUGUUCUUGAAGCUGAUCAGCUAACACAAAACCCUGAACUCGCGGUUUGUAAGAGACAUAUGGUGAAGGAAACAGAGAGUCCAGAGAAGGAAGAAGAACCAAACUUUUGUCUUUUAGAGGAGAGACCGAAAAAGCAGAAGCCUACCAUUUCACUAUCUGAGGUAAUGCAAUGGAAUAUCGAAACCAAUGAACCGAAGAAAGAAAAGAGCGAUGCACCGAUAAAAGAUUCAGGCAAGAAACUGUUGACCAGAGUGUCAAGCAUGAUCAUGGCUAACAACAAGAAGCCUACUUCUUAUCUUGAAUCUCUUGGAACCACAAGAAGUCCAACCGCGGGGCGAUACUCUUGAAAAAAAAAAGAUUUCUUUUGUAAAAUUAGGGGAAGAAAAAACGUUUCAAAUGUAACUGAUAAACAGAAUAUACAUAAAAUCACUUAAAGGGUUUGAAGUAUUGAGAAAUGUUGAUGAGUUUUAGAAGGAAGAAGAGAAGGUAACAUGAAUAUAAAUCAGAGCUUGCCACGAGGACCGAGCUUAGGGUUCUCCUGAGGACCUCUCUUGAUGGGAAGAACCUCGCCGGUGGAGGUAGCGCUGACAUAAGUAAGCAAA